AUGCUACUACUCUUUGUACCAAUUUUAUUUCUCAUUUCGUUUGAUGGUUCUCUGACACAACAUUAUAAUGAUCAGAAAUUAUUGCUUGAGAUAAUCUUUGUAGUCGAUGGAUCAGGAUCAAUUGGAGAAACAAACUUUACGAUAGUGAGGGAAUGGCUUAUCAACCAGACAGUAAACAUAUAUGAAGUCUUUGGAGACUCUGCUCGUGUUCAAGUAUUACAAUAUGCAAACAAGGACAAUCCCUGGGACGGGAUAUCGAUUGAAGAUUCAAAGAAGUUUGUUAUUCCGUAUACGUUGCAAUAUCGCGUGAAUAAUGCAUCCUUUUUAACACCAUUGAUUAUGACCAUGCCAUACUUGAAUGGGGCAACUUAUACUUACUAUGCACUACGGAGAGUAAUGGAGGUGGAAUUUCCAAAAUCUGAUAGUUACGCAACAUCCAAGAAAGCAGUUAUCGUUAUAACUGAUGGCGAAGCUAAUGACGGUGCUUUUCUUCGUGGCUGGCAUGAUAAAUACAAACAUAUGGUUAACACGAUUGCAGUAGGAGUUGGACAUUACGAAAAGUUUUUGAACCAAUUGCAAAAUAUCGCAAACGGUGGCACGGGAAACGACAGAGUAUUUACCUAUCAGGAUUUCAGUGCACUACGUGGAAGCUCUUCUGAUAUUAUUACUGCUCUCAUCAAUUCAAGUCUGAUAUGGAGUUCCUGGUCGCCGUGUUCAGCAUCAUGUUCACCUGGUAUUCAAAUGCGAACAAAGACAUUUAACAAUGCAACAAGAACGUUGAAUGCAUUUUUAAAUCAGACAAAAACAUGCAACGAAGAUUUGUGCGCGCUCUACUAUGACAAUGACUUGCGAUGUGCAGGCCCUGGUAUCAUUCCUACCCAGUGCUCUGUGGAUGCAUUCAGAAAAUUUCUGCUAAAGAAUGUUGAUUGGGACGAAAUAGGACAAGAUGAAAAAAUAUUUGAAUCCCCAGUUAAAGGACUGAGAAUGAAACUCAAACAAAUCAAAUCACCAGGAAUGAACAUAAAAUUAGUGAAUAUAGAAAGAUAUGACGCUAAGAAGCCUUAGAAGGAAAAUGACCUCGA